AUGGAAAAAUUGGGUUUACAUGACUUUAUAGGUUCUACUUUAUAUGUAUCAAUUGAUGAUAAUAGGUAUAUCAAAGGUACUUUGGUUGCGUUAGAUUCCCAAUUGAACUUACUUAUGAACCACGUUCGUGAACAGAAUGGCGAGGGUUCUAACUUAGUCCAAAGGGCAAUGGGUUUAGUCAGUAUUCCUCAGAGUACUAUUAAAUCGAUAAAAAUCACUGAAGAUGAAUUAAAUAACAUUGUUGAGUUCAAACACAAUUUUAUAAAAUCAAUUGUUUGA